UCGUGUCUUAUCAUUCGUGAUAAGAGUACAGUCCUUUCUGUGCGAGUCAAGGUGUACAUCUGUCCACGGUAUCGUGCUUCAAACAUGGAAUCCAAGCUGUGUGCUCUUGUUUUUCUCUUUCUGGGAGUUUCCUUCGUUAUGAGUACCUCGCAGUCAGAACGUGCCACGUUCAACCCGUGUAAGAUAGGCUCGCCUGUCCUGAACGACAUCGGGAUGCGGCUGUUUUGUGGUCGAGGUUUACAUCGUGUUACAUGUCCUGCCGGGAGUCACUGUUUAAUUGACCCAGCUGACCGGUUCGCUGUGUGCUGUCCCACAUUCUUCUUUGAUUUGGGUGGUCUUAAUUUAAACUAAGCACUUUUUCAAAAGGAUGACGAUACAAAGGUGUGCAAUUUCAUCAGUACGGAAUGAGCUGUGAAACUGCAAUAAAUACAAUAUCGAUA